GACGCGAGGCUGCCCUCGCGCAGCACUCCGCAACGGCCGCGGCGCGCGAAGCUGCCGCGUUUUGGCGGGAGGAGGUUAGCUAGCCGGCCUAACGACGCUGAACGACGGCUUUUUAAAUCUACAUUAAAGAAGAACGGUACUGAUGGAAAUAAAUUCAGGUACCAAAGAAAAGCUUGUGCCUGGUAAAUGGAAGAACCAGGGCAAGAAGGAGGCAAAGAAAACUGCAGAUAAAGAUGAAAAAGAAAGAGGGAGAUAUGGCUGUUUGAUGCUGCCUGUACAAAAAGAAAAUUAUAGUGAGGGAAAGGAGAGAGAAUUAGAUAAAGGGAAACAUAUGACAAUUACAGCCAAAGGAUUUAAGAGUAUAAAGAAUAUUAAGCAAAACAAGAAAGAAAAUGAACCUAAUGGAGAAAGGAAGGUCAUUACAGAUGGUAAAGUUUGUAAUGGAGGGGUGAAGAGGAAGCAAAAGACAGCUAGUGAGGAAGAUUUCAAAGAAGGCUGCAGAAAGACAAAUGCGAUGGGGACUGACAGAGGAGGGCUGUUGCUACAGCGGGGCAAGGCAGGCAAGAAGCAGGAGGAAAAAUGCAAGAUGCGCAGCCAUCAGGGGCUGGAAGAGAGUGGAAAGAAGGAGAAGGUUGGGGCAGAAAGGAUUGGGGGAAAGAAGGAGGGAUGCAGGCAUGUGGGCGCACAGCUCUGUGCCAGUGGGAAAAGUGCAGGGGGGAAGGGGCAGAGCCAAGCAAACCCGAGGAAGGACAAUGAUAGGAGCAGGAAGGUUCCCUGCUUCACCAAACAGAUACUUCCUGAUGCCCAGCUCCACGACCGCUUCCAGGGUUUCCUGGAUUCCUCGUUGGAACACUGCUUAGAAGAUGCCCAGAUGGUUCUGAAUGAAGUGGAGGGUUUGCAGGCAAAGGUUGAAAGCAGCCAUGACAGGUCCAAAGAGAGCAAGAAGGAAAAACUUCCCCGAGAGAGGAAAGAGGCAACUGUACAGAAACCUGAGGCAAAGAAAGAAUACAAGGACAGGCUAGAGGAGCAUACUGAAGAUCAAUGUGAGCAUGAUGACCGAUGGGUCCAGUGCAGUAUAAGCAGGUGUAAGAAGUGGAGAAAGUUGGAUAAGCAUGUAGACCUUUCAGUCCUGCCCCCAAAGUGGACCUGUGUCCAAAGCUCAGAGCCUGACUGCUACAACUGCAAUUGUCCAGAGGAAACCUGGAGCGGCAGCCAGGAUGAUGUAGUGCAUAGCAGCCUAGUUCCUGGGUCUCUGGUGUGGGCCCAGCUGCAGGGUUACCCCUGGUGGCCAGCAAUGACAGAGAGCGACCCAGACUCCAAGUCCAUAUUCUUUUUCAAUAACAUAGACAGGUUCCCAUCCAAGUACCAUGUGACAUUCUUUGGAGACCCAGUCACACGUGCUUGGGUGCCUUCCUGUAAAGUGAAGUCCUUUGAGACAUUCUCUGAGACAACGGCUCUGAAAAUGGGGAAAAGUUUCAAGAAGAAGCUCCAUGAAGCCAUUAGAAUGGCUAAGCAUGCCCAGGAUCUCUCCCUGAAGAGUCGACUAUCACGUUUUGGAUUCAAGAGCCGCUACACAGUGGACAGGGAUACUUCCAAGGAAGAUAAUGAAAUUUCAGAACUAAUGCAGAUUUUUGAGCAUCUAGAAGAGAGGAAACAGGUUUGGGGUAACAAGGGGCAUAUUGGUAGGACUAGAAGGAAUAUCAAGAAAAAGACAUCCAAAGAGCAUGUCACUGUUCCCCAUGGGGAACCACUGGAACAGGGCGCAGGAGGGGGAGCAGAGGAAGGGAAGGAGAAAGCCCCAAUUUCCUCAGUUCCCAGACCGGAUGCACACAGGAAAGAACCGCAGACUAUUUUCAGGGACCAGACUGUCCCAGAAAUACCUGUAGGUGGAGGAAGAGGAGAGAAGGAAAGUCAGAAGCUGGUGAGUCUGGAUGGAGAGAAAACACUGAGAAAGGAAGUUACUGAGAAAAAGGGUGCCGGCUGGGAGAUGAAAGAAAAGAAAGGAGGGAUUACAGCAAAGAAAUUGUGCAGUCAGAGAGUGAAGUUGGAGGAGAGUGCGGAGGACCUCGUACAGGAAGACAUGGAGAUCCUGAGCUAUCAGGACAUUUUCAAACAGGCAGAGAAGGAUGAAAAAUAUUCCUUCACGUUCUUUGAGGAGGAGUAAUUUAAUAUGCUCCUUUAUUUAAACAUUUCCUAAAGAUGCAAACACCUAAAGAAAUUUUAUUAAAGUGACACAUUUUCACCAAUGAUAUAAACUAAACAUUUAUCUCAACUUACUUGUUUGUAAUAGUGCUAGUUAUAUUUAAAUUUAAAACGAUCUGGGGUCAGAAGUUUUGUUUUCAGAGAUGGAGUACUUAAUUCAUUGAAAUCUUUGUAUUUGCAGUAUUUGGCGUUGAGUUAUUUAAUAUUAAACAGUCUAAACCA